AUGGAGAGCUGUCCAUCUGCCUAUCAUCCAUCCACCCAUCCACCCACCCACCCAUCCACCCAUCCACCCAUCCACCCAUCCACCCAUCCACCCACCCACCUACCCAAAGUGCUCAUUAGACUUGUCCUGGACUACUUUAUCAUGGUAAGCAGUGCACCCACACUGGAGACAUCAUACAAUGAUAGAUCCAAACUGGAGACAUACCAGGAUACAUCCACACUGGAGACAUCAUAUAUGCAGGAGCAAGGCUACAACUGUCAACUAUGCUGCAAGACAUUUUCAUUAAAGAGCAGCCUGGACAGACACAAGCUCAUCCACACGAGAGUUUCACUAUUUAAAUGUCCAGUUUGUAAUAAAGAGCCAAAUCCUUUUGAUGACAUGACAGAAGACUGCCAUGUUUUAAAGAUGAUUUUAAAAUUCAUGUUUCGACAAAUUCUAGGUGUACAACAGGAUAGACACUACAGUCACUUCGGGAAUACCAGAACAUAUCAGCCAAAGACAAGACCCGUCAGACCUCUUAGCAAACCACAACUUAUCAGGGUCGGUGCACCAAUUCCCGAAGGUCAUACGAGACUUGUGAAUGAUGCAGAAGUUGUUGUCAAGCAAAGCUGGUUAGUUUCUGUUCUUGCAUCUGCCAUACCAAAACAGAAACACUACAAUUCCAUGUCAGAAUAUCCAUCCAAGGUUAUAAAGGCACUUAUUGAUGGAAUGUAUGAACCCCAUGAGUUGUAUAAAGAAGGUGGUGUGAACUUCUAUGAGAGACAUCAAGACUUUGCACCUGUCAUUCACGCUCUAAGGGCAUACACUGCUCUGUAUCUAAAACAGCCUUCAACUGUAUUCACAAAAGCAUGGAACGAGAAAGUUCGUGCAAACAGACAAAUCAUGUCGAAAUUCUCAAACCCAGCCAAGUCACCUAAGACUCCACUCUACAAUGGCAAUGACAUCACAGAUGACAUCAUCUGGCCCUUCAAUGACAUCAUCAAUGACAUCAUCUGGCCCUUCUAG